AUGGGUUCAUCAUCAUUACGUGCAGCCUUGCUGGCGCUCGUUCUCGCGUCAACAUCGUCGGCUACAACAGUCUCGCUUGCAUCCUUUAUUCCGCGGAUUGACAACCUGCCAAAAUCCUGCAACGAUGUCUACACCAGUUCCAUCUCUGGAUGCGUAGCCGACGACUUCAAAUCGGGCGCAACCUGUUCCGCUGCCUGUGUGCGGGGCCUGUCGGCGAUCGCAGAGAGCGUCAAGGACAAGUGUGCGAACGUCGAUGCGGGCGAGCUGAGCAUCAUCGGGGUCUUCCAGAACGGACUGGGUAUUCAGAGCCUUUGUCCGGGAGUUACAAUUACAACGAUUUCGAGUGAGAGUGCGGGAAAGACAGAUACGAAGACAUCGGAGCAAGCGACGAGCACCCAGGCGGUCUUGACCACUACAAGCUUCACAAAUUCAGCCAUCCAAGCAACAUCAACCUCAUCGAGUUCAAACACGGACGCGGAAGACGGAGACGAGGAACCGACGAGCUCAGCACAAACGACAAGUUCGAGUUCAUCAACGGGUGGCUUGGUCCUGGAUCCGAACGCUACGGGAACAUUCACGGCUUCAGUCAUCCCGCCCACAGACACUGCGCAGGCGACACAGGCACCCAAUGCGCAACUAUCGAACGCUGACUCGGGUGGUGGUUCGCCGUUUGACGUCGUUGCUGGCGGAGAUGAGACAUUCCGGACAUUUCCAAGCCACGUGAAGGCGCUCCUCCAGCAUGCGCUGCCCAAAGUCACCGUCCUCACCAUCACGUACCCCCAGUUCGAGACGCGAGGCGACUUACACGAGUGUGUCGGACGCUUCAAAGAAUGGCUGCAGAACAAGGUCAUAGACCUCGAGGUCGCCAACUCGACCCCUUCGCCCACAGUUGACCCUUCUGUGCGCACGAUACUCGUAGGCCAUUCCAUGGGCGGCAUCGUUGCGGCUGAGACGCUCCUCUCCAUCCUCGCCGAACAGCCGAUACAUUCGCAGUCCAACUCGCAAACUGGCUCCACGGCAUCGCUUGCCGACCAUUCGAUGCUCAUGUUCCCGUACAUACAGGGCAUUCUCGCCUUCGACACACCAUACCUCGGUAUAGCACCCGGCGUAGUGGCUCAUGGCGCCGAGAAGCAUUGGAACACAGCAAGUUCGGCAUAUUCGGCAUACAACAGUCUUGCAGGCGCUUUUGGAUGGGGCGGCAAGGACACUGCAUCCAGUGCUGUCGAUACGAGCAAGCUGCUCCCAGCACCCUCAUCUACUGGAGACGCAGCAGCAGCACCCAUGUGGCAGCGUUACGGCAAAGUAGCCAUGUUCGCCGGUGCAGCAGGUGCCAUAGCAGCAGGCGGCGCGGCGGCAUAUAUGAAGAAAGACCAGAUAACUCAGGGCGUCACAUGGGCUACAUCACAUCUGGAAUUCGUCGGAGUCCUUGCCCGCCCUGAAGAGAUGCGAAAGCGACUCGACAAGAUUGCAAAGCUCACUACAAGCCAGGACCUUGGCUUCUGUAACAUGUACACCACUCUUGGCCAUGCCAUCAACAGCGAGAACAAAGAACACGGCUGGACUGGCAAAGUCGCCGGAAAAGACCGCACUUUCUGCAACCUACCCAAAGGGCCUCUGAAGAACUUCUUCAUGCCUGCUGUAAACGACAAGGCCACGGCAGAGACUUGGGCGCACACUUCAAUGUUCGAGCCUCGCAACAACCCCGGUUACUAUACUCUCAGCGAGACGGCCAAGGAGAAGAUUAUCGAGUGGACAGAAUCCACAGAUUGGUACGAGGAGAGCGAGGGACCGUUGACUGGGGAGGUUGGUGAAGAAGCAGAGAUUGUAGAAAGACAAGAAGUAGAUGAGCAGAUGCAGAAGGAGGCUGACAAGAGGGAAGCAGAAGAACUAGAGAAGGCCAAGGCUAAGGGCGAUGUAGAUGCUUUGGAGGAAGAGGGCGAGUUUGUGGAUUUGAAGAGAACUGGCGAGGUUGCUGAAGGGGAGGACGAGGCGAGGAAGAGGAGGGAGCUGUACCCCUCUUUAGCUGCAUAUGCUGGAAUAGGUGUGGGUGCAGGUAUCGCAGCCCUUUCAGCAUUGUUUUUCAUCAUCGCCUGGAAAAAGCGCUUGGGGCCUUUUCGACGCAAGGUCUCGAUGGGAGGCAAUACCUACGAUAAAGCAGAAUUACACGGUGAUCACAAACCUUGGGCUGAAGCCAUGGAAAAGGAGAGAAUUGAACUUGAUGCAGCUACAAGUACGCACGAGGCAAUGAACAAGGAAAGGUCAGAACUGGAGACUGUAGAAAAUUCCCACGAAGUAGGCACUACGGAGAUUCAAGGUAUUGGCCGUGUACAUGAGUUGCCUGGUCAUGACGAGAGCGUGGAGGCAGCAGAUGAAAGAGCUCGUGCUUCUUGA